AAUGUAAAUCAGAAAAUUAACUUUUUUUGUAAAACAUAAAUUAAAUUAACACUACCUAUAUUAAAAUAGAUGUAUAUGUAUAUAUUAACAUUUAAAAAUUCACCAUCUUGGUACAGUCAUACCUUAAAAGUAAAUAUAUCCGUAAAAGACCUAAUUUAAAUGCAAAAUCUUAUUCAAAAUGAAGGAAAUAAGCAGCACGCAGUGUGAACGUGAAAACACCGCUUUGUUUCAUUGAAGCGGCUUGUUGGUGUGACGCAUGACGCAUGCAUCCAGGGGAAACUGGUAAACCGAGAGCUUUGUUCCGCUUCAACUUUCUGUUCAGACUGUCACUGACGGGAGAACAGAUGAAACGCGGUAUGUAUAAAUAGACGCGGCGAGCGUGUGAACGUUGCGUGGUCUCGCUCUUGGACAUCCCUAGCUGCGCGCCAACGAAGCAGAUGGCCUCAAGCCUAUCUGAAACGGGACCCUCGGGGGUCGGGCGUGGAGUGCGACGUGGCAACACUGCGCGGCCCUAGACCCUUGUCAGUGCUGUCGUGAAGUUCUAGAUCCUGGAGGGCGGGCCGACCCCAGACUACGUGACAACGAGAUCCGUGAGCUGCUGGCAGACUUCCCCGUGCAGUCGGUGCAGCUGACGGCAGGCACAGGGUCAGGCACAGCACGUGCUACCUUAGAGGACCCAGAGAUGCUGGAGGACUGGGACAAGGAGCGUGUGUUCCUGCUGCGCGGUCAGCGCCUGCCAGUGUCGCCAGCGCCCACUGAGACGAUGCUGUGCGUGGCACGCCUGCCACUUGGCUACACCGAACACCAGUUCUCUGCGCUGGUAGCAGCAUACGGUUCUAUCCGCCGCAGCUUCCUUAUGAUCAGCGAGAACACGGGUGAAAGCAAAGGUUAUGGUUUUGUUGAGUACACAACAAAAGAAGCAGCUCUUCUGGCAAAGAAUGUAUUAGAUGGAAAGCUAAUAGAUGGCUGGAUACUGUGCUGUGAUUGGCUAGAGUCAAGCCACACGACAUUCGAAUCACUGCAUUCUAAAUGUCUGUAUGUGGAUCAAUUACCAAAAGAUUUCCGCGACAUGGGCAAGUUCAGAAAAGUUUUCAGUUCGGUGGUGAACCCUCCAUAUUGUCAGAUUGCACUGAAAAAUGGAUGUCCUCAGGACUGGGGACUUGUCGAGUUCAACACAAGUGAGGAUGCGGAGACCACACAGGUCACCCUCAACGGAUACAGCCUGUGCGGGCAAAACAUUAGAGUGUCAUAUUACAUACCUGGAGUCAGAGCUAUCAAUCUUUAUUUGAAACUGCUUAAUGAAACAGGAAGAAAGCUGAAAUCUGCCGGUCUGCUGCCUGACCCCCCUGCACCGGCUGUGUUCCAGCAGCUGCAGAACCUCGCGAAACAAAACCCUGUGUUUGCACAGAAUCUGCAGAACAUCAUCUGGACUCAGAUCCAGUCCUUGCAGAACGGCAUUGAGAAUGGCCAAGCAGUGCCGGGCUCUGUUUCGCCAGGAAAAGGUCAGUUACAAGGUCAGCCAGGGAGUGGUCACCAGUCUCUUCUCAACAAUCACCAGAUGUUGAUAGCUCUGCAGAACCUUAUCAAACAAGGCUCGCCACCGAACAGCACGAGCCCUGGUCUGAUUGUGGUGCCACAACAAAUGGGUCCGCCACCAACAACAAGCCAGUUUCAUUUUGGUCCGAGCCAUAUACAAGAAGCAAGAAAAUCCAUCAGUUCCACUAAUGGGAAGAAUGGUUUCAUGGAGAAGAAUCAGACACAAAAAGUUCCACUGCUUCCCAGACCUGGUCUGGGGGUCAGCCCACCGCUGGGAGAAGCUGUUCCUCAUUCUCCAUUUGCCGGCUCACCUAUCGAUGAAACUCUGAACAUCUCCCAUCCCAUUCCGAGACACAUGCCUCCUCAGGUAUCCGUGCCAGAGUCUAACUUUUGGAACGGCAUGCUCGGGCAGAUUCCAAAACAGUCACCGGUGGGUAUACAGUCUCUCGAACCCAACAUGCUCGUAAAAAAUAAGUGUUUUGAUGCAGCAUCUGGACCAAAGAGCCCUUUGCUUAACGAUAAAGUCAAUUUUGCUCAGCAUGUGCCAUCCGCAGGCUCGAAAAUAUCAGGCCACCCAUCUCUUGUCAAAGGAAACAAUAGUAUGAUCGGUUUUUCGGACAACAUGCCUGGAGAUUUACAGCAAACAAUAAACACGAUCUUGAGCAAUGCUCAGAACUUGAAUCAGCUACUGGGAUCUCUGACAAAUGCUAUUCAAACAAAUAGUAACACCUGUACGAUGAUUCCUAGCAGACCCACCAAUGUACAGUACAUCAACCAAACACCUUCGUUGAUCCGAGGCAUGACCGGGCCGGGACCUGUAUCACAGCAGAUAGAUAAUGCAUGGCCUUCACAACAGGUGAUCUCAGUUUCAUCUGGUCAGUCUACUCAACCCAUCAUGGCCAGCCCUGUUCCUGGCACCUCGAUGCAAGCCAACACACCCCUUUUAGGGAGUUCUUCACUAGCCAUGGCAGCAAAGCCCAUCAGAUUCCUGGAUAUGAAACCCAGCCAGCUUCACCAACCAUCAUUCCAGAAUAAUUGGAAUAAUGGCGCUUUUUUUAACUCAAACUCCACUUUUUCGGCUCCUUGCGGAACCCCGGGUCAGUUUGGUGCGUAUUCCACUACGAACAUUGUUCCGAACCUAUGGUCACAUCCUGGAAGUCCGGUUCUCAUCGCGUCCCCUCCUUCGGGACUCGUGACACCGAUUGGACAGAAGCGGAAAUAUAACAGAUUGCUGCCAUCGCCAGAACCAAGCCCAGAAGGCAACUACAUUGGCCAGCAUUCGCAAGGCCUGGGCGGACAUUACGCAGAUUCCUAUUUCAAAAGAAAGAAGAAGAACUGAAAUCCAUCAACUUCAUUAUGGAAUACUUUUGAAUUUGUUCAGACUGAAGAAAUAGAUAUGAACAAUGAAUUUUUUAUUACUAACAUAGUAAGUUUGUACAGAAGAGGGUGUUAUUUUUGUAUGUGUUAAAUUAUUUUUAUGCACUCAUUUUGAAUCUUAUGUCAUGUCCAUUCCAACAUUGCCAGAUGGUAUGUUAUUGCAAGUGCCUUUUAAUUGUGUUGUGGUCUGGUGUCCCGGCUAUUAUUUAUUGUUAGAGUUGUAUGAGUGUACUCAGAACUCUGUGGCACAGAGAAACUCUUCAUCUCUUGUUUACUGUAAGUGAAUUUUAUCUUUUAAUCCUUUAUUUUUUCUGGCUACUAUAUUGGAUGUUUGCAGUUUCAUGAUGAAGUAAUGUUAUGUGUGUUAUAGUUUAUAAAUAUUAAAAAUUAGUGGUAGAUUCAUAUUUGUAAUGUAAAUAUUUUAAUAUAAUUAUUUAUAUUUCUGUAUUCUUGUGAAAACACUAAGUAUUGUACACUUUUUUUUGAACAUUUCUAAAUUUCUCAAACUAUAUUACAUUAAGUGUACCUACCUAUUAAGUAGGUGUGCCGUGAGCAAGCAGUAUUUAAUGGAAUAUUUGCAAUGUUUUCAUGAAAAUUUUUAUGUGAUUGACAGUGUGUUAUUCAAUCUAUAGCCAAUUGUUUUUCUUUGAAUGUUACUAUGCAUGCAGCAUAGUGAUUUGACUUAAGUAUGUAUGUAUAAUGCCAGCUGUAAAACUUGUUGCAUGAUUGUGUGUACAGACUUCGAGGCAACUGUCCUGUAAGUUGGAGGAAACAAUAAUGUUUCAUUAUAUCAUAGUUUCAAUGUGUUGACAAUAUUAGGGAAGUAAUCAUACUAUUUCAUUUGCAUUUUUUCCUUCAGAAUUUAAGUUUUUUUUUAUUUUUAUUGUGUGUGUGUAUAUGUAUGUAUGUAUGUAUAUGUAUAUGUAUAUAUUUACACAUGAUGUUACAAUAUUUUUGGCAAAAGGAUAUUUGUCGAGGAUCAGUUAUUGGUAUUGCGUGUAGUUUCAUUGUGACCAAAAUGUUUUCCUAACAAAUACUUUUAAAAAAAAAAUUGCACUUGCAUUCAGAAUUCAUGUUUGCAUGGCAAGGGUUGCUAUUGUCACAACAUGUAAACAGUCUUGAGAUACUUGAGUUGUAUAAUGACUAUUUUAGAUUGCACGCACAUCAAGACAUGUUAUGUCUAGAACUAAGAAAUAGUGAUUUUAUUGCAACAUUUCAAAUGUAAUUAGUAAUAGCUUCAUAUUUAAGAGCUUUUAUAGCAGAAGAAUCACUGUGAAUAAGAAUCGACUUCAAGACAAAACAUAUUAAAAAAGCAUGUUGGGAAUUUAAUAAGUGAGGAAUUUUUAGCAAGCGUCCUGAAACUUAAACUGCAGACAGAGUUAUAAUGGGACAUAUUUUCAUUGCUAUUAACAUAUACCAGCACAAUGUUUCAUUAAAUAAAUACAGAUAAUACAGAAUGAUGAAAGCGAGAUAAGAAAUUAACGAUUUCUUUUCAAAAUGUUUUUAGUGGCAGUUCUUUGUGAGUCAUCAGUGUGCAGAGAAUAUGUGUAGAAUGCAUACUUACAUUAAAAUUUGAUACAUUAAUAGUGUAAUUUAAAACUUCAGUGCAAAAAAAUAUAUUUUCAUUUAUGUAAAAUAGUUAGGAAGGUGAUUAAGGAUUAAAAUAUAUGUUCUGGACAAGGGAUGGAACUAAAAUGUGCUAAAAAAAUUUUAAAUCUUGUAGUGGGAGUAAAAUUUUACUAAUGAUUUGAUUCAUGGUUAUUGAGUGUAUAUACAUGGUUCUAGCUUAACUUAAUAUUUUCGGGAGCCAGCUGGUUCUAAUUUCAGUUCUUCCACUACACACCUAAUGAGCAUUGCCACAAGACUAGUCUUCUAAGUAUGUACCAAGCAAACAAAACAGUUACAUAUACAUUUUUUGAAUUACAAAAAUCUUGUUAUCAUGCUAAAUAUUUUUGUAUCUUACAUAAUUAAGACAAUUUUAAAAGCUACUAAUUUAAAAUAGUGAACUUGUGGUAAAAUGUUAAGUAGUGGAACUACUUGUCUUGGCAUGUUGCUGGCAUUUCUGGGCAUAAACUAGAGCAUCGCUGCAUUCUUUCAUCCUCAGUUCAAACACUUUGGGAUUUAUAACAGUUGAUUUAAAAGAUUUAAUUAAUUUUAAAUGACUUUAUCUACUCUUUUUUACUUUCAGGUGGCUUAUGGCAGAAAUGCAUGUAGGUAUAGGCAGUAUAGAGCAAGACAUUCAUAUAAUGUCUUUAAAGCAAAUUAGUGUUUACUUCAUUGUUUUAAAAUUAUGUUUUUAAUUAUAUUUUAAAUUGCAUUAAAGUAAGAAAAAAUGCCAUCAUAUUUAUAAUUGGAAUGUGGAAAGCUUAUUCUGCUUCACUAGUGGCAUGCUGUACUCUUAAUGCAGGGUUGAUACUCUGUGGAAUUUUAAAACUAGUAUAAUAGGUACUGUCUAUUGUAAAUGUUUCAGUCAUGUGUGAUAGGUGUGAUUUUUGUAUAUAUGGUUUCAUUGUACUAAAAUGCUCUCUUGUAUGUUCUUGUCACCCUUUCUUUUUUUCAUUAUAUAGCAUAUUUUCUUCCAUUACAUAAUACAAAAGCAUAUUUGAACCAGUUUAAAUGAGAAGAUUAAUCUUUAAUCUGAAGACUAGCAAUAGACACAAGGAAGUGGUGACUGGUCGAAUCCCAAUUUUCUCGAAUCCGAAUCCAGGUUUCAAGAGUCAAAUUUCAAAUAAUGUACAAGAAAUAAAAAUUUAACAAUUAUCAAAUGCUUUUUAAUAGCGCUUGUUUGUUGCUGAGAUUGUUAGCUACAUUUUGAAUCGGUAAUUCCUAAUGAUUUUACAGUAUUUUAAAUGUCGCUAACCUAUACCAACCAACCAGAUUUACAAUAUCACAUUAUAUUUAUACCUAACUUAACCUUUUAAUAAAAUGAUUAACUCUUUUAAGUAUCACAAUGCCAUCUUGCAGAAUGAUUUGAAAACAUGCCAGGAAAUUAAGAACAUUUUUUUUUCAAGGUUUUUCCCCCACUGAAACAAGGCUUUUCUGCAGAAUUACUGAAUGUUGUUACGAAAUAAAAACUGUUAUGCAUUUUAGAAACCAUCUCAAAAAAUAUUCAUAAUAUCAUAUCCAUAACUUUUUAAAAUUCAACCAAAAAAUUUCAAUAACUUACUGUUGAAUCAUUAAAACAUGUGGUAGGUACUAAAUGAAGCAGUACACCUACUCUAUCUUUUGGUAUAAAAGGGCAUAACCUACACAAUGUGUACAUUUAUAGAUAGUGUAGUAACUAAAGUAAAUGAAAACAUGGGAACAGGGCUGAACGUACGUUAAACAGAUUGUAACAUGUCUUCACAUACCAUUAACAAUUAUUACUUGGGCUAACCUAUAAGAUUGCUAAAAUAUUAGUGCAAACAAAAGCGAUGAUAGGUUAGUGCUGUAUUAUUUCUCAGUUUUGUUAGGAUUUUUACGGGGAAACCACAAUUAUCUCCAUUUCAAAAACAAAAUUUUUGUGUCCUGUUAAGUAAAGAAAGAAAUAUAUCUAAAACUAGGCGUGAACAUAAAAUGCAUUGCAGAUAUGAUGUAAACAAAGCCAUCCUUUCUUUUUUUCCCUCCCCUAAAUAAUUAAACAAUAUGAAGAUACAAGAGACACAAACACAGCACAAAGAGCAACUUAUCGCGUUUGUGGCAUUCAUAAAUAAAAUUGAUGAGCUUUGUAGAAAAAAAAUACUACGUUAAAGAUAUAUUGAAAUACUUUGUUUUUGAAAUUUAUUUCCUGUGUUAAAGAUCUAUGAUCAACCGCGUGACGUUUCCAGAAAUGGCGUUGAUCAACUCGCAUAAACAACUGCACUAAUAUUUUUUCUUUAAAGUUGAGAAAUUUUGGGCAAAAAUUUUAUAAACAGCAGAAUUAUGUCGUUUUACACAAAUUUCGCGCUUCACCAUAUUUUUGGGUCCCUAAAUAUAGCAACCAAUACAUAUAUAUUCAUUCCAUAAACUAUAAGUUUUCCAGAUGAGUACAUAAUAUGUAUUAAAUUUAAUUAAUACAUUUACAUUAAAAGAAUAAUAUUUUGAAGAACGGUAUUAGAAUAAGCACAAAGAUAAACAUAAAUAAGCCUAGUAGACUUAAGAUUUUUCCAGUGUUGAAUUUUUUUGAUUUACUAUUUUUAUUUCAAUAUUUUUCUUAGAAUUUUUUUCCUUGAAUCCUGAAUCUUUAGAAUACUGGGGAUUCAGUGAAAUUUGAGGAUUCAACCGGCCCAUCCCUACAAGGAAGUAAAUGUGUCACCUAUAACUAUCCUGUAAUAAUUAUGUUUUAAAAGGUGUAGAAUGUCUUGUGUAGUGAAAGAAAGCACAUUCACCAUCUUACAGUAAAUGUAGGCUGUUAUUGAAAGACUUCAUUAGGUAGCUUUCCUCCAUUUAUAUUUUGUCUAGCAUAAGAUUUUUAUUAUGUAUUGUGAUAACAAUUAAUAGUACCAAACACUUUACUGUAUGCUUUUUUCCUAUAAUUUGUAUUUAUUUUUCUGCUUCUUUAAAUCAGUAAAUAUAAGUCAAAUGAAUAUACCUUUUUUCAGAUCAGAUGUAAAACUUUAAUUGCUCAGUUACAAUAUUCUUUACCAAGCACAAUAGACUGCAAAUGUCUUAAAACCUACUGAUAAUUUUUCUUAUAAAUGACAGUGGAAUAGAAACUAGGUAUUGUAAAACUCUUACAUGACAUAACCUGCAGAAUUAUACCAUGGCUAGAGACAAGAUUUUAUGGUUUUAUUUUCAGGCCAAUUUUGUUUUUAAAAUAGGACAUAUUGGUGUUAUUGUUUUCAUUUUUGAUGAAAUCUGUUUACUAAAAAAUAUAGCAUAUUACUGAACAAAAAUGAUAAUUAUAUGUUCCAAUAUAAUAAUUUCUCCAAAACAGUGUCAUUUUGACUGAUACAUAAUGCACUUUUUCAAUUAAUUGAUUUAUAAUAAGCAUGUUUAAUUUUUUGAACAAAUAAAAUAAAUUUUUUAAGUAUUUCUCUGUUUGGAAAAUCUUCUGAGGACGUAAUGUAAAAAUGAUUAAGUAAUAAGUUACAUGCUUUUAAAAAUUAAACUUUUUCCAAUCUCUUUUUAAAUAUUUAAAAUAAAUUACUUUCAUUGAAUGUAAGAUUUGAAAGAUUAGUUAUUUGUCAUUAGGGUUAAGUUUUGAUUGAAAAUGCUGAUUAGUUUCAUGAUUUUAAUUGCAUGUCAUGCUUUGUGGUGUAUUAACUUGAAUUUUGUUGUUAUAUUGUGUAUUGAUUUGCUUUUCAAUGUUAUUUCAGUUUUAUCUCCAUUCCCCAUAUAAUCUUGCCCUUAACCAUGGCACCUACCCUCUCAAUUUAUAUACUCUGACUUACAACACAAAGGUAGCUUAAGCAAAGAAAGUUUUUAAAAUAUUUUUUUAUCAAUUUUUAAGCUUAUAUGUUCAAAUUAUUAUUUCUAUUAUUAUUUUUGUAUUGUUUUUGCAGUUUCCUUGAAAUUUAUUUUGCUUUGGUGUAUUCAGCAACAUUGUUUUUACUAGAGCUUUGCCAACUCACAAAAUUUUGUUGAUGUGCCACAUCACUGAUGUAUCGAUUCUGAAAUAUUUGCAGAACUAUACCAAUCUGGAAAAUGGAUUACUAGGUUCUUUUGUAGGUUUCAUGAAAUAACUUAAAAAAUCAUUAUAUGACAUCAGAAGAAAUAAAAUAGUGGUAUAUUAAACACAAUCAACACUGUAAAAAUAUUAAAUUUGCACUUAAAUAGAUUAUACACCUAGUAAAAAUAUAAAAUUUAGGUUUAGGUCACUGAAUACACUAUACAAAAUAUUAAGCCAUAAAUAACUAUUGCUUGGUCUAAACUUUUACAUUACCAAAAUUCAAAGUGUAAAUAGGGGAUAUGUAAGUAUGUCAUUCCAGUUUUAUUUUUCACUUUUUUUCUGGAAACAAAAGUUUUUCUCUAUUCAGAAAUGACAAUUUUUAGGCGUUUCCAAUUUUUUUCACAUUAACAAUAAAAAAGUACCAUACCAUAAAACAGUUGUAAAAUUUGUAGUACUUUUUUUUUAAAAAAUAAAAACAAUACUGUCUAGUGCUUUAAAAUAACUAAAGAUAAAAAGACAACAUUUAUUACAUUCAUGUCGUUUCACUCACAGCAAAGAGUAAUGCAUUAUUAGUGCCAUACAUUAAUACUAUGAAAUAUACACACUUUAAGAAAUCAGAAUACUUUGUUAUCAAAAUUUGUUCUAUGCAAUUCAAAUAUGAAGUGCCAACAUCAGCAAAUAAGGCAGAAGCCUACUCGAAUCGCACAGCUCUAGUUACGUCUAUGCUUUUAUUUUCCAAUAUCUGCUCCUGCAGUCUUUUUUUUUGCAUGUCUCAAAGUGUGCUAAAUAUCUUUAAUGAGAAUAAUAGUGUAUUCCUGUCACUUAACUGUUGUAUUUUGUUUCUUGGUAAAAAUCACUAACAUUACUAUUGCAUUUCUAUAGGUUUGUCUAUUACUCUCAAGUAAUUUUGUUUUAUUCUCAAACACUCUGUACCACUGCACUUUAAAAAAAUCUUCACAGUUGCAUGCCUGAAUUUUUUUUAGAGUGGGUACUAAAAAACCUAUCUCACAAGGGACUUUUGAAUCUUUUAAUUACUUUUCUACAUUAUAUACAGAGUGUUAUCUAGUUGCACAGCUAACCAUACCAGAAUUUGUGGUAAGCAAACAGUGGAAAAUGCACAAACACAGCAAACAUUGACAAAUGUAUGAGAGCAUAGCAAAGGAAAUAGCAGAUAUCACUGGUGUGUGUCUCAUAAUGCAUGCUUGAAAUGCCCAUUGAUAAGCACAGAUAUAUGUAUGCACACAACAUUGUAGUGAUUGUCAAAUGCACUCAUGUAACCCAGGAGGCAUGCUGACUUCCACAAUAUGUUCACCAAGACUGCUGACAUAUUGCACUGGGGUUGAAUACAAAAUGCUCACAUCCACUCCCAUUUCUUACGAUGGUAUAUUGUGCACAUGAUUGCUGAUAUGGCAUUCCACAUAAGUUCCAAUGCAUCUCAUUUUUUACAAUCACAACUCCAUUUUUGGACAAAUGUUCAUUGAUAUUUUGCCAAGAGUAUAAAAGCAAUGACGCCGGCCUCCGCGAAUUAAUUGCUCAAUUAAUUGGGCUAUACCUUACGAACCCAGUUUUCCCCCACAUUAUUCUCGUAACAGUAUCAAAAUAGCAAGGAAACAACUUAAUGACAAACGUAUUGGCAGUUAUAGAGCAGCAUACAAGUGGAAUUAUUUUUUAUAUAGUGUUAACAUUUUUAAUUGGUAUGUUUACUUCAAACUCAAAAAAGUUAUAUGUUUAUGGUAACAAUUAUGGCAACUGUAUGUACUAGGUAGGCAGAUUGUUUAUUAAAUAAAAAGUAAUGUAAGUUUUUGUUAAUACCAAUGGAAUGUUUGGUGAAAUUAUAUAAGUAGACUAAACACUGCUUUGUUAAGCUCUGGUGGCUGAAGUAGCAGCUCAUAUAAAUAAUUUUUUGAAAAAAAUUUAAGAAAUUUAUUUAAAUUAAGUUUGAGGAAUGUCAUACACAGAAUGUUGUUCUUUAGUGUUGUGUUGGAAUAAAGCGUAUAUUACACGUAUACACUUAUUGAUGUAUUAAUACAUUUAUUUUUUUCCAAAUAUCAAUUACUAUUAUGUUAUUAAAAUAUUUUCUUAUAGUUGUAAACUUUUUUCAGAAUAAAUUUUUUAUAUAAGGCAUUACUGAUAAAUUUUAGAGAGUUUAUCAGAACUAUAAGCAACCUAAAUGUAUUGUUGGCCACUUGCACGUUGAGUUGGCAUCAGUGUUUGACUGUAGCUGUUCUAGAGGCCUCGUGCUAACACGUGGAAGGGAGACAAGUGGUUUGUUGGGAAGCUGUCGGCAGAGCAUUAGUUACUCAGAACAAGCAUUUUCUGGAGAGUUAUAAUUCAGUAGCCUUUUUAUAAAUCUAGAUAGUUCAUGUUAUACAUACUUUUAUGAUGACAAACUAUUUAUGGGUUGACAUGAUUGCACUGUAACUAGUGAUAAACUAAAAUGGUGAAUUUUUUUUUACACACAAUUGGGCUGUAUAUCUAUCUUAAACUAACAUUAAAAAAUUUUUUUUUCAUACUUAAUGUAGCCAUGUUCUUACACUUAAGUAAUGCCACUGUUAAAGUGUGAUGAACAGUGUAAUUUUGUUACAGUGGUAGUAGUAAAAUUAAAGUUAUUUUGUACCUAUUUCUGUAAAUUCGACAUUUUGCUGUAUGGUCUAACUUGAAUGGAGGUUUCAGUACAUUUAUUUACUUCCAUUUCAAAACAGGAGUCUAAAUGUACAGUCAUUGUUAACUAGGUCUGUUACAUCAUCAAUGUUUGUUCUUGUAUUCUCUGUCUGUCAGCAUUAAAAAUGCAAGGUUGACUUAGUGUAAACCACAUUGCUGUACACCUAGAGUAUCUUCUUUGCUUAUAUCUUCUUUUUGAAUUAAUUGUUAUUCAGCAUUUUAUGAUGAAACAAAAACCACUAAAAGAAAUACCUUUUUGAAUAUGCUGUAUGUUCAGGUAACUCUAGUUCGGGUUAAAAGGUUUCGAAUAAACUGAGAGAAAUAGCUGACUUGCCUUAACUAUAGGUGUAGUUCCGAGGGAGCGGGGUAAGGCUGUGCGCUUCUCGGGCAAGCGUAACUCCUCAUUGGAGGCACAGACUUGCAGUAGGUUCCAAUAUUCACAGAUUUCACUGGCCGGUGGCUUCAGUAAUGUCAGCUGGCCAGCCCUGUGCAAGGCUAGAUGGAUCACAGAGAACAAUGAACUUACUGGAGCUGUGGAGAUUUUUUAGUGUAAGCGAUAUAGGAUUCCAGCAUGCCGUUCAAUAUUUAUGUUCUUGAGAAUUUAUUUUUAGGUCAAGGAGUGGGAUUGGAUUUAAUAUAGAGUACCUAUCUAACGUAAAUAUUGUAUUUCAGCAUAAUGCAACAUACCUCCAAAAAAAGGUAAUUUUUCAUAAAUAUAUUUAUUUUGAAGUAACAUACAAACAAAAAUACAUAUCUAUCUGAAGUGUUUUAAAUAACUAAAUUAAUAUCAGAGAAAUUAAAAUGUACUGCUAAAACACUUUUUACUUGUAGUAACGAAAAUCACUGCUGAACGUUCCGAAACAACUGAUGAUCAUUCUGUUAUUGAAGAUGAUCACUGACAAUACAUUGGUGGUAGUGGAAUACGGUGGAUAACACUUAUUGUUUUUCCUUUGUCAUUUAGGUAAAAUACUUUUCUCUGCAAAUGUUUAUAUAUGUAUAUAAAUAUUUUUAAUGAUUUGGUGAUGUUAAUAUGACAGAUUAAAUAAUAUAUGUGCAAGGUAAACAAAGAUUUUCAAUACAUGUUCAUGAAAAGUAAAUUUACAAGACAUAAAAUAAAUAAAGAAUAUUAGGUACCAUAUAAAUUUUUAAGAUGGUAUUUAGUGGUUAAAAUAGUGGUUGUAAGUUUGUAUCGCUCAUUUAGGAAAAAGUCAAGUUAUGUGAUAUUAAAAGAACAAAAGGAUAAACAUUAAAAUGAUAUAAAUAUAUAUUGUGAAACACUAGUAUUUUUAUAUGAUGACUAUAAGGAAACAUACGUAAAUUUUCUACAAAGUUUUUAUAGUUAAUGCAUUGAUAAAAAAAAUAGGUAUUUACUUAAUUAAAAUUUAGAAUAAAGUUCCUCUCACUUGAAAAUUGGUGAUAUUUCAACCAUUAAGUAAUGUGAUAAAUGUGACAGGAUAGAAACUUGAAAACAUUUUCCAGUAUCUUUAUGAAAAGACAAAACUGCAGCCUGUUUUCAUGACUUCACACUAUUGUGCCUGUUUUAAAAUAGUAUUAUAUUAACUGAUAUUAAAAAGCUCUCUUGUAUAUUCUGUGAGAUUGUAUUUUGAUAACAAAAUAUUUUGUAAACAUAUUUAGUCUCACAUAUUUAUGAAAUACAAUCAUCUGUUGUUUCAAAGAAAGUUGUUUAUGUGUAUACUAGCUUACAUAAUGAUGUGCUAAUAUCUGAAUGAAAUAUUAGUGAUAAAUAAUAAAAAAUAAAUUAUUAAUUUUAUUGCAAUUUCAUAAUAGCAUAAAUUGUACUUUUGUGUAAAGAACAAAAAUGUACUUUUAAAUGUAAAUGUAUUUUUACUUGGUUUCUUGAUUGAAUUGUAAAUGACAGUUAAAACAUUUAGUGAAAAAGAAAUCAACUUGCACAAAUUUUGAAAAACUGAAACAGACACAAUUACAUUUCCAAACUUUUGAAAUAUAUGUUUUAUUUAAAAAUACUGUAAUCAGUGAAAUGGUAAACAAAAAAACAAUUGACAGGAAGCUGUUUUCCAAUGAACUGCAUAGGCACUAAAUGGUUAAUUAUUAAAAUGUACCUAUUUAUUUAUGCUUUCUGAUUUUUCUCAAGUCUGAUGCUGUACACUUAAAUAAACAUCUUGAAAUUUCUUUUAUGCUCAAUUGUUUAUAAAUGAUGUAGAGUGCUAAUUCUUCCUAUUUCUGUCCUACUUUUGCUAGGAAAGUGAUGUCUUUGACGUUUGUAGCUUUUUAUGUGAACAUUGUGUAUCUGUUGUGUAUCUUUAAGUUAUGGACAGAAUUAAAAUACUUAAAA